CGUAUGGACCAAUUUACCGCAGCUUCCCCAUAGGCUGGUGGAAAUUCGGGUCAAUUGGGCCCAUGGGUUGGCUGGUGGCCCAUUACUGUCUCCGCUGCCUAUAUAAAAUCUGAUCCGGCCCCUUUUUUCCCGCCACUCCUCUUACACUGUACCCCAGUCGCUCCUCCGAUUCCUCCUCCUCCUCCUCCGGCUCCCGGCGACGAGGCUGUGGGUCGACAAGUACCGGCCGAGAGCUUUAGACAAGAUCAUCGCCCACGAGGAAAUCGCCCAGAACCUGAAGAAAUUGGUGUCGGAGCAUGACUGCCCCCAUCUCCUCGUCUAUGGGCCGACUGGUUCCGGCAAGAAAACCCUAGUCAUGGCCCUUCUUAAGCAAAUGUUUGGCCCUGGGGCUGAAAAGGUGAAAUUGGAGAACAAGAUGUGGAAGAUCGAUGCUGGUACACGAAUGAUAGAGCUGGUGUUGACGAUGUUAUCGAGCACACAUCAUGUUGAGAUGAAUCCCAGCGAUGCAGGUUUCCAGGAUAGGUAUAUUGUUCAGGAGAUUAUCAAGGAAAUGGCAAGAAACAGACCUGUGGAUACUAAAGGCAAAAAAGGGUUCAAAGUAUUGGUGCUGAAUGAAGUUGACAAGCUGUCAAGAGAAGGUCAACAUUCUCUCCGUAGAACAAUGGAAAAGUAUAGUGCAUCAUGCAGGCUAAUCUUGUGCUGCAACAGCUCAUCAAAAGUAACGGAGGCUGUCAGGUCUCGCUGUCUGAACAUUCGAGUGAAUGCACCUACUGAAGAGCAGAUUAUCAAAGUAUUGGAGUUCAUUGGCAAGAAGGAAAACCUGCAACUUCCACCUGGAUUCACAGCACGUAUAGCAGCUCAAUCAAACCGUAAUUUAAGAAGAGCAAUAUUGUCUUUUGAGACCUGUCGAGUGCAGCAGUAUCCAUUCACCAUAAACCAGGCAUUGCCACCCUUGGAUUGGGAACAAUAUGUUUCUGAAAUAGCAUCUGAUAUAAUGAAGGAACAGAGUCCUAAAAGGUUAUUUUCAGUGCGUGGAAAAAUAUAUGAGCUUCUCGUUAACUGUAUCCCUCCUGAAAUCAUUUUAAAGAAGUUGCUGUCAGAAUUAUUGAAGAAAUUGGACUCAGAAUUUAAGCAUGAAGUUUGUCAUUGGGCUGCAUAUUAUGAGCACAGGAUGCGUUUUGGACAAAAGGUCAUCUUUCAUAUUGAAGGAACAUGUGAAUUCAGAUGUUUGAGUAGCAUCGUUUCAUGGUUCUUGAAGUUGUUCAACCCAGGAACUACCCCUCAACACCAAAUCAGUUACUCUAUUGCUUUCAAGUGUCUUGUCAAUGGUGUUCUGAAUGACAGACAUUUUAUCUACCUCUUUAGUUGACUUAAUGUAGCUUUGCUGCUGAGUAGUGUAUUGGUGAAUGAGAUGAUCUUUUCUUGUAAAUCUGCAAUCUGCCAUUGAACAAACCACAACACCAUGAUUUUUAAAUGUUGGUGGCUAAAUAUAUCUGAUGUGUAACUUGUUUUGAUCGUGUAAAAUCAUGGCAAGGUUGCAGUUACGUUCUUUACUUUGAGAUACCCUAUUAGAAGUGAUCAUUGCUUGUUUUUAUGCUACGAUAUGCUAUUUUCACCAGCAUUUGUUGCAGAGUUCAUGAGUAUCUACAAGGUUUUCGUUAUUGCAACAUUUGGUUAAACAAACCCGAGGGGAAUGGACCCUCCAAAUAUCCAAACCUAAAAAUUGUCAAAGCCUUGUGCAGAUGGAGCAUUUGUUCUAAUUAAGAGAGAUGAAAGAAGACGAAAUGAGUUAAGAGAGAUGAAAGAAGACAUUUGUUCUAAUUAUUGAAGAUUUUAAACAACAUUUGUAAGUAACACUGACUACAAAUGGGAUUUUAAAGAAAUUGUAGAAGAUAGUGAGGGGUAUCUAUUUGAGUCUCUUAGAAAUGGGGGGAUGUACUGAUCAAGUCUGAGUUUUAGUAUCUACAAUGCGGUGUAUGAUUCCGCCACGUCAUGGCUUGGCUGAACUUGGUCAGACUUGGGCAACUCUAGCCAUCUAUGUUGAUUUUGGCAAUUCAAGUAGAGGAAGAGGCACAAUCCUUGAAGGCAAGGUCUGUGGCUGGAAACUUGUAUUAUUUAUUAGGAGAAAGAAGCUUUAAGAAGGCUGGGUGUUUACAGAAACGUUCAAGCAUCUAAACAUUGUUGACUACAUUGAGCAACUUUAAGAAGUAGAUGUGCUGACGUUUGAAUUGUGAACCUUGACCUUCUCCUCAUGAAUUUCGUGGACAUUGGGUCUUACUAUGUUUUGCCUUAAACAAGUUAUAUGUAUAGUGCAAAGUUGGUUUUA